CGGAGGUGCGUCGGCCCUGCAGAGUCAUGAUUCUGGUGAAUCCUCACAGCGGCCGGGGCCAGGCUCUGCAGCUCUUCACCGGCCACGUGCAGGGCAUGCUGACCGAGGCCGCUGUUCCCUACACGCUCGUCAUCACAGAGCACCAGAACCAUGCGCGGGAGCUGGUGAGGAAGGCCGACCUGUCGCAGUGUGACGCUCUGGUUAUCAUGUCUGGAGACGGGCUGCUGUUUGAGGUGAUAAAUGGCCUGAUGGAGCGGGAGGACUGGCAGGAGGCCAUCCAGACCCCUCUGGGUAUUCUGCCAGGUGGCUCCGGAAACGCCCUGGCUGCCUCUGUCCACCACUACUCACAGUCGCCUCCAGCUUGGAACGAGGAGCUUCUGCUGAGCUGUGGCUUCAUGUUGUGCAAAGGUCUUGUUGGCUCCAUGGACCUGGUGUCGAUCCACCUGGCCUCUAGACAGCGCCUCUUCUCCUUCCUGUCCCUGGCCUGGGGUUUCGUGGCCGACGUCGACAUCGAGAGCGAGAAGUACCGCCACGUCGGAGCCAUUCGCUUCCUGAUGGGCACCCUGGUGCGUCUGGCCUCCCUCAGAGUCUACCAGGGCAGGUUGGCGUAUCUUCCAGUUAAAGAGGCGCCAACACUUCCAAAAGGGAGCAUCAAGUCUAACCAGCCUCCCUCCACCCCUCACCAUCAGUCGCUCUGCUCCUCCCUUCCAUGCCGACUCAUCCCCAACACCUCUCCGAACCAAAACUCUCGACACAAUCACAACAGCACAAAUUCCAACCACAACACCCUCACCAACUCCUCCAACAACGCUAUCACCACCAAGAGACCGGAGACUCAGAGCGACGGAAAGACCAGAGCACCGGAGGACUCUCUUCUCCCCGGGCUCGAUCAGCCGAUACCAGACAGCUGGACGGUCGUCAAAGAGGAGGACUUUGUCUUGGUGCUGGCUAUUUACCAGUCCCACCUGGCCGAGGAUCUGUGGACAGCGCCGGGGGCGAUGGCGGACGACGGGGUGAUUCAUCUGUUCUACGUGACAGCAGGAAUCUCCCGUCCAGCCCUCUUGCGGCUGUUCCUCGCCAUGGAGAAGGGCGGCCACUUGGCGUGCGGCUGCCCCCACCUGGUGUAUGAGAAGGUGAAGGCCCUGCGGCUGGAGCCCGUCUCGCCACAAGGCAUGAUCACUGUGGACGGGGAGAUGGUGGAGUACGGGCCAGUUCAGGCUCAAAUCCACCCAGGACUGGCCAAAUUCAUUUGUGGAUGAACUGGGAUUAUCUUGAUCUUUUUCUGCCUGUAGAGCUUUUUAGUCUGGCCUUUUAUACUCAGUGCCAAUUCCUCUCUGUAUGCUGUGUUUUCAGAAGUGCCAAAGACAUUUUAUCAGCCUCUGGAAAUUCCUCUAUUUUUCUACAGAAGUAACUCGUCCUAUUUUUAUGAACCCCCUCUUGUCCCCUCUUUUUUGGCAAUGUUUGAUUCAGGGUCAAAGCCAUGUAUGGUUGUUCUGGCUGCUGGCUGGUCCCAGCUUAGACAAACGGUUAGAGAUUGUGUGAGUGUUCAUCACCAAUGGAGAUCUUUAUGUAUGUUUGUGUGCACUCAUGUGUGUGUAUGUGUGAGAUUGUGCAUGAGGAGCUUUGGCACAUAGCGGCGCAGAGGCAGAGGAGUGCAUUGUGCACUCUGCUGUCGGUCUUCAUAAGCAUUGAACAUGUGAAGAGAAGCACAUUUCCCCGUCCUGGGAGGCUCGCGGAGUAGCCACGCCCCCUGUUCCACUGUGCUACCCCAGGCCGACAAUCUCCCUCCUGGGCAAACCGCUCUGACAGCCCCCCCCCUCUUCCACCACCACCCUUAGCCUGGUAAAGUGGAGCUUUCUUACUAAGGAGAUAUUAUAAAUCCCCCAGGGAUUUGAUGUUGAAAAAUCUUUAAUCUUUGCAUAGCUUAUAUUACUCAAACAAUCGCAAAACCAGUCACACACACACGAUAUAAGAAGGUGGAGCAGAAAAAAACAUGGCCAGCUGUGGUUCACUCUCCACUCCCUGUCCUGUGCGCUCCUGCUUCAUCUGCAACCAUCAUCAAACUGCCUCCACUCGCACAUAAACACACACUUUCUUUCCCCCAUCCCCCCUCCUCCUACUGUAUGUAGUGUACAGCUCCUCACAUACACACACUCAUGCACACACAUUCCCUUGCAUCUCUGCAGCACUUAGCGAGGGGGAGGGGCAUGGUCUGCUACUGUGCAUAAUGAUCCCCUCUCCUCUUGCCGUCUUAAGAUUGUACGCUCCCUCCCUCCUUUGGUUAAUGAGCCAUCAGCACCUAAUGUGCCCUUAAUAGCGAGCUUUACAUCUGCAGAAGCGUGCAAAAUAAGAGUUUCUAAUAACAAGAAAACUUUAAACUGAGUUUUAGCGUUUCACACUUACUGGACCGGUUGAGUAAAGUAGACAGAGCAGGGUUUCACACCGGGUCUCUCAGCGUUGCAUAUUGAGAGACAUCAGAUGUAUGUGAGCUGGACGGAGUGAAGUGCGCUGCUUCACUGUGUGGCCUUUUUCUCUGGUUUGCUGGUGGUGAACAUUAUCAUCAGUUUCUCCCUAUACCCCCCACACACUAGUUUAUUUCAGGUCACUACAUCCCCACCCACAGAUAUGGUGCAGCUAUCAUCACUUUCAGAGAAGGAGCUGUCGUUCCUGACCUUAAAAACAAAUCCUGUUCUUCUGUUAAGAAAGGAAUAUCAGCAAGGUUAAGGAAACAUUAUGAAUGCUGAUGCAUAACGUUGACGGGCAAAUGGGGUUCAAAUAAAUGCUUAUUACCAGCUUUUAAAGGUUUUAGAUGGUGGUUUAGAUGGUAGAAGGUUUUACACUGUCAUCCUGAGUGCAAUACAGUAAAUGCUAUGAGCUGAUUGUGCACAUUAUUUUCCUGCUGAUUUUUUCUGGAGCUUGUGAAGUAGUGUCUGCAAGAAGAAGCGUAAAUGCUUACAUUUCUUCACAUCAUAAAUUCAGAGAGAACCUUCCUUCUUUAGGGACUGUAUGAAAAUGAUUUUGUUGCCUGUCAGGGCUGGACAAAACAAACAUUUUUAUUAAAUGCCACAUGACUAAAGUAUGAUUGAAAUAGCAUUUUAAUUAGAACUUCAUGUAAAAAGAUAGUUGAGUGAUAUUGACAAACUGAAUUAUGCACAUUCAGUUCUUGCAGCAAUAGAUCCUAAUUUGUGUCCCACGACAAGGCUUCAGCUGCAAACAGGUGCAAGCCGGCAUUAGACACCAAGCAGGUAAAGGCGAAGUGAAAAAAGAAGAUUCCGCAAACUGAUCUCUUGACUCCUUCAAAAACGAAACUUUUUGUCAAUAUAAAAAAAAAAAUCUAAAGCAAAUCCUACAUUUUUCGUGUCGUGGAAAGCAAAAUUUGGAUGAAUCCAGUUUAUUUUAUAAAUGAAUUGCCCAGCCCUGCAAUACAUUCUUACUGGUAUUCUCCUGCUGGUAAAGUUAGAAACUAUUCAAAUCUGCUGAGAUUAUGUAAAAUCAAUUACUAAUAAACAGAAGUCAAACCAAGUAAUUGUUUAACAAGUAAAUCGUAAGUCCCAAAUCCUAAUUAUUUGAGCUUAAAAUACGAAACUGGUCAAAACAAGACAUUAUAUUUGUGAUUACUUUCUACUCGAUUCCACACCUCGGCUAACAACUACAUAUAAAGAACCAUGUUAUUAUGCUUCCUUGUACCUGACACACCGACGCUGUAGCUACUGCAAAGAUACAAAUGUUUCUUCCUCAUAGGACAACAUCCAUCAUGACUCACAACGUGCACAAAAGCCUUAAUUUUGUGCACUUAAUUCUCUUCCCUUGAUAACCCAUAACAUACUUGAAGUUGACCUCUACCAUCUUCACUGCAGUGCCGAUUUUUUGCCUAUUACUUGAUUUUACAUUCUGAGACAUUAUCAUAUACUACUGUGUGAGGCAUAGCUUCAACUCAUGUCCAACAUACUGUACCUCCUACCAUUACUGUAUCCUCAGCAAAGUGAUCCAGGUGCUUUGAAUGCAUUUUCAUGUUCUCAUUCAUGAACUCGCAGCUGCCCACGUGCACAGUUCAUUACUAAAUGUAUGAAGUACAUCUCAUAUGGGUAGGGAUUAGCUAUGCAAAUGCCUUGUCAUGGCUGCAGAUAUCUGGAGUUAGGGCGUCCUCUGCUGGACCGCUCAUAAAUUCACAAUUUUAUCUUAUAUUGUACAAUGCAAUCGACUGUUUCUUGCUUCUUAUAUUUACAGUCAUUAAUGGAUUAGAUUUAUUUAGCUCAGCCACAGCAGACAUUGAAUUCUUCUUACAAAUGUUCAAUAAUGGAAUCCGACAUCCAGCUUAUUGUAAUUAAGAGAAAUGGACUUGAUACUUGCAUAGAAACACUGCUGCAAAUAUAAACAACAAUGCUACAUCUCAGAAAAAACACUACUGUUAACUUAUGCUACUAUACUGUUAAAUUGUUAUUUACUGCUUUAAUGUAACCGCAUUUUUUUUUUAUCACAACUGUUAAUACUUGUCUUUGUCAUUACUGUCAUGCCAUUUUAUGAACGAGUUAAGAAGGUUGCGUCACAGACCUGAACCCAUGAGGUUUUUAUGGUACUGAAUAUGAAAUGCUUUCUGUACUCUAUGUUUAACUCAAAAACUGCUGAGUACUUAAUCUAAAGACUGAACAUGACCGAAAGGUGAUGAAUGUUUUAUUUUCUGUUAAUGAGGUGAUAUAAACUGGGUUUUAUUGCAGUAGAUAAGGAGAUCCAAGUGGAAGGAUUUAAUGUUUUAUUCUGUCCUUGUUAGUUGAAGAAAAUGUCCGCCAGGUAUUUGCAGCUUUCUACUUUGAAGUAAAUAGGGAAACAAAGUUCUCUAAAGAGUGCCUUAACCAUUACCCAAGACAGCAGAUAGGUGGUGCACAGAAAACAAAAACCAAGGGAAACAUAUUUUAAAAAAUAAAUAAUUUAGCACAUGAUCUUCCUUAUUAUAGGCAGGAUUCUGUAUGAUAUGUAAAGCUUUCUGUAAAAGAGUUGACUGGUUUUAACAAGGUUGUUAUUACAUAUUUUUAACUGGCUGUUGACGUCCAGGUAGUAUUCAUCUUUUAUUUUGUUGUAAUUCUUUGUUCAUUGACUUCUUUUUUUAAAAGACCAAUACAAAUAUUCAUAUGAAAAAUGUGCUUCUUUGUGUGCUGAUUAUAAUCAAGGUGUUUCAAAUAGGAGUUACAUCUGAGUGUUGGCAGUGGAUUUUCACAUUUGGGAAAUAAAAACUUUGUCCAGGGUUGUCGUACUCCCACCA